GUUACUCCCCUUUGAUAAAUGAACGCCAUUGACCAUGCAAAUUAAUUUAGUAGAAUAUCAGGUCCAAUGAAGCUGUCACAUUUUGUCGUUUUGUCGUUCGAACCCUACAUUGCCAGAUGGCUUUCCAUAGUCUGUGUUUGGUAUGCUGACCAGUGAGAAUUUUUAAGCAGGUCUUACUUCUGGGAAGGAACUACAAGCUGAUGAAAUGGACAGUAAAUACCCACUUUGUGAGAAGUCAUCAUCUCAAUCAGAAAAAGGCAGUGUUCAACAAAAUAUUGAGAUGCUCGUUCUUUGUGAAAUAACACAUAGCAAUGAUGUUUGCAGUCAACCAUUUUAUAAACGAAGUUCUCUGAAUACACAAAUGAAUAUACAUUCUGGCGAGAAAAAUUAUAAAUGUGAAGUCUGCGAUAAGGCGUUUUCUACUAGAGGUAGUCUUGUCAUAUGACAAUACACAAUGGCAAGAAAAAAAACUAAGUGUGAACUGUGUAAAAAAACAUUUUCUAACCGAUGUAAUCUAAUCAGGCAUAUGACAAUACACACUGGCAAGAAGAAUCAGAAAUGUAACUUUUGUGAUAAAGCAUUUCCUGAACGAUAUAAUCUUAUCAGGCAUAUGAAAAUACACACUGGUGAAAAGAAUUACAAAUGUGAAGUGUGUGAUAAAGCAUUUUCUGACCAAAGUGAUCUUAUCAGACAUAUGACAAUACACACUGGUGAGAAGAAUCAUAAAUGUGAUGUGUGUGAUAAAGCAUUUUCUCAACGAGGUAAUCUUAUUAGUCAUAUGACAAUACACACUAGAGAGCAAAAAAAUAAGUGUGAAGUGUGUUGUAAAGCUUUUUCUAAACGAUGUAAUCUCAUCAGACAUAUGACAAUACACACUGGUGAUAAGAAGCAUAAAUGUGAAGUGUGUGAUAAAACAUUUUCACAACGAAGCUCACUGAAGACACAUAUGAUAAUACACACUGGUGAGAAGAAUCAUAAAUGUGAAAUGUGUUUAAAAACAUUUUCUAAACCAGUUAAUCUUAUUACACAUAUGGCAAUACACACAGGUGAGAAGAACCAUAAGUGCGACUAUUGUGAUACAGCGUUUUCUAGACAGACUAGUCUUAUCAGACAUAUGACAAUACACACUGGUGAUAAGAAAUAUAAGUGUGAAGUUUGUGAUAAAACUUUUUCUCAAAAAACUCAUCUUAUCAGACAUAUGGUGAUACACACUGGUGAGAAAAACCAUAAGUGUGAAGUGUGUGAUAAAGCGUUUUCACAACAGACUUAUCUUAUCAGACAUAUGGCGAUUCACACUGGUGAGAAGAAACAGAAGUGUGACUAUUGUGAUAAAACUUUUUCUGGACCGAGUAGUCUUAUCACACAUAUGACAAUACACACUGGCGAUAAGAAACAUAAAUGUGAAGUGUGUAAGAAGACAUUUUCUCAAAAAACGCAUCUUAUCAGGCAUAUGGUGAUACACACUGGUGAGAAAAACUAUAAGUGUGAAGUGUGUGAUAAAGCAUUUUCUCAAAAAACUCAUCUUAUCAGACAUAUGGCAAUACACACUGGUGAGAAAAACUAUAAGUGUGAAGUGUGUGAUAAAGCGUUUUCACAACAAACUCAUCUUAUCAGACAUAUGACGAUACACACUGGUGAGAAAAAACCAUAAGUGUGACGUUUGUGUAUAAAGCAUUUUUUAAAUGAGAUAGUCUUAUCAGACAUAUGGCAAUACACACUGGUGAGACGAAACAGAAGUGUGAAGUGUGUAAUAAAGCGUUUUUUUGCUGAAGAUCACUGAAGACACAUAUGAGACUACACACUGGCGAGAAAAAAAAUGAAUAAAGUGAUGCUGUGAAAUAUAUUGCAAAAUAUGUUGGUGAGACAAAACAGAGAUGUGAAGUGUGUGAUUAAACCUUUCUUAUCAAGGUUCUUUGAAAAAACAUUACAUCGAUAAACAUCUAAGUCUUUGUCAUUAAAUCCUCAUGCUAUUUUUAAUCAAAAUACUAUUCACCAGCUGAUUAAAAGCUAACGGAAGUUUGUUUA